AUGUUGCCCGUCGCCUACGCGGUUCUGGCGGGGUUGUUGAUGCUCCCGCUGCUGGUGAACCUCUGCUGCCCUUACUUCUUCCAGGACUUGCGCUACUUCCUGCGGGUAGCCGGCGUGGCCCAGCGGGCGCGCAGCAAUGGAAAGCGCCGGCCAGUGCGCACCAUUCUCUACGCCUUUCUGGAGAAAGUGCAGCAGACUCCACACAAGCCUUUCGUGCUCUUCCGCGACGAGACGCUCACCUACGCGCAGGUGGACCGACGCAGCAACCAAGUGGCUCGGGCGCUGCGCGACCACCUCGGCCUGCGGCAGGGAGACUGCGUGGCAAUUUUCAUGGGCAAUGAACCAGCUUACAUAUGGCUGUGGCUGGGACUGAUCAAGCUGGGCUGCGCCAUGGCGUGCCUCAACUACAACAUCCGCGGCAAGUCCCUGUUGCACUGCUUUCAGUGCUCUGGGGCGAAGGUUCUACUGGUCUCACCAGAACUACAAGCCGCUGUUGAAGAGGUGCUGCCAAGCUUGAAGAAAGAUGAUGUGGCUGUCUAUUAUGUGAGCAGAACUUCUAACACAGAUGGGGUCAACUCUUUCUUAGACAAAGUGGAUGAAGUAUCAAGUGAACCUGUCCCAGAAUCCUGGAGGUCGGAAGUUACCUUUUCCACUCCUGCCUUAUAUAUUUAUACUUCUGGAACCACAGGUCUCCCGAAAGCUGCAAAGAUCAAUCAUCACCGCAUUUGGUACGGAAUUGGCCUUGCUCUUGCCUCCGAGGUUACAGGGGAUGAUGUAAUCUAUACCCCCCUACCCUUGUACCACAGUGCUGCACUUCUGAUUGGCUUACAUGGAUGUAUGGUGACUGGUGCUACUCUUGUUUUGCGGACCAAAUUUUCAGCCAGCCAGUUUUGGGAUGACUGCAGAAAAUAUAACAUCACUGUCAUUCAGUAUAUUGGUGAACUGCUUCGAUAUUUAUGCAACUGUCCUCAGAAACCAAAUGAUCGUGACCACAAAGUCAGACUGGCAAUGGGAAAUGGCUUACGAGCAGAUGUGUGGAGAGAAUUCAUCAGGAGAUUUGGGGAUAUUCACAUUAAUGAGUUCUAUGCUUCCACUGAAGGCAAUAUCGGAUUUAUGAAUUACACGAGAAAAAUUGGUGCAGUUGGAAGAGUAAACUACCUACAGAGAAAAGUCAUAAAUUAUGAGCUGAUUAAAUAUGAUGUAGAGAAAGAUGAACCCAUUCGAGAUGGAAAUGGAUACUGCAUCAAGGUUCCCAAAGGUGAACCUGGACUCCUGAUUUGCAAAAUCACAGAGUUAACACCAUUUAAUGGCUAUGCCGGAGGAAAGAGUCAGACGGAGAAGAAAAAACUGAGAGAUGUCUUUAAGAAAGGAGACCUCUAUUUUAACAGUGGAGAUCUCUUAAUGAUUGACCACGAAAAUUUUAUCUACUUCCACGACCGAGUUGGAGACACAUUCCGGUGGAAAGGGGAAAAUGUGGCCACCACUGAAGUCGCUGACACAGUAGGACUGGUUGAUUUUGUCGAAGAAGUGAAUGUUUAUGGUGUGUCUGUGCCAGGUCAUGAGGGUCGAAUUGGCAUGGCCUCGAUCAAGAUGAAGGCAGACCAUGAAUUUGAUGGACGGAAACUCUUUAAGCACGUGGCCGAUUACCUGCCUAGUUAUGCAAGGCCCCGGUUUCUAAGAAUUCAGGACACCAUUGAGAUCACUGGAACUUUUAAACACCGAAAAGUGACCCUCGUGGAAGAGGGCUUUAACCCUGCAGUUAUCAAAGAUGCCUUGUAUUUCUUGGAUGACAAAGCAGAAAUGUAUGUGCCUAUGACUGAGGACAUUUAUAAUGCCAUUAGUAAUAAAAUUCUGAAACUCUGA